GAUCGUUUAUGUCGUAGCCGUGAUGUUCCCUAUCUCGCGCAGUCACCUGGAUAUGCUUCACGUUCGCAUCUGAUUUGGGAUCUCCAAUGACGACUCUCGUGCGCGUCUCACUAAUCCUGUGCGCGUUCGCUGGUUAUUCUCGCUGUCAGCAGACUCUGGAGCACGCUAUCAACGUACAGAUUGGUGGCAGUUGCGGGAGGGACUUUGAAUGUAUCGAGAAUGCAUUCUGCCGAGGACAACAAAAUUGUUUGUGUGAUCUGUAUUACUCACCAAGUCCCGAUAAAUCGAUGUGCAUCGCCACCGUCGGGCUGAGCUGCGAGGAUGAUACGAAAUGUCAAACUAUAGCGAAUGGAGAAUGCAAGCAGGGCACGUGCGCUUGCAAGGAUGAUUUUUUCUUAGACAACAGCAAUUCGUCAAAUUGCAUUCCCAGACCCGCCAAGAUCGGCGAUCGCUGUCAAAUAACGACGAUAUGCCAGGAGAGUUUCAACUACGCGUUAUGCAUCAACAAUGAAUGCCAGUGUUAUUUGGGAUAUCAUUUUGUAAAUGAGACUGGAAAUUGCGUUCUGAAUCAUGAUUUAUACACCGCUUGUACAAACGACUACGACUGCUACGUGGACAAGAAGUCCCCGGACAUCUUAGAGUGUAAGAAUGGUCAAUGCGUGUGCAGGGAAGGCGAACCGCAAUGUGCCAAAGGUUCUCUCGUCACGGCUACCGGAAUAAUCGUGACAAUCUCAUUGUUGCUACAACGAAUCGUUCAAUAACGACUAACAAUAAAUGUAUAUAUAUAUACAUAA